AUGGCCACGAAAGAUUACAAGAUCGCCAUCGGCGGGCCAGGAGGGGUGGGCAAGUCAGCCAUUGUGCUUCAGUUCGUCACCGGCAACUAUGUGUCCGAAUAUGACCCCACCAUCGAAGACUCAUACCGGAAACAGUUCGCUCUUGGCGACAAGGUGGUGAUGGCCGACAUGCUCGACACGGCGGGCAUGGAGGAGUUCUCGGCCAUGCGCGACCAGUGGAUGCGCACCCACAACGGCUUCAUCAUCGUGUUCGGAUUGGACUCCCGUAGCAGCUUCAAUGACACGGAGGCGUUCUUCGAGCAGAUCGUCCGCGUGAAGGACGGCUUGCCCUUCUGUGCUGUUGAGUCUGCCGAGGCGAUCGCGAUGGCCCGGCGCUGGAACGUGCCCUACGUCGAAGCCACGGCCAAGGAGAGCGUUGACCACAUCUUCGCACACCUGUUGUACGACAUGGAGGCUGCGCGCGUGGCACUUGCGACUGCAAAGGAGAAGGAGGAACCGGCCACCAAGAAAACGGAGGCUAACAAGAACUCGACCUGGCAACAGGACAUGCUGGCCCUGGUGAACGAGCCCUCCUCCGCCGAUAUUCGGAUUUUUAUCGACCAUCAGGGCGCCGUCUCAGGUCCGAUAUUUGGACACUCAAUGAUCAUCGGCCGGCAGUCGCCAAAACUUCGGGAGCUGUUUGCCCAGGCCAAGCAGAGCGCUGGCGCUUGCGGGGUGGGCCAGGCGGCCGAUGAGCUGCCGGCGGUCACCCUGUCGCACGUGAGCCCCGCCGUGCUGCAGUUCCUGCUGGGCUACUUCUACUCGUCGACACUCGCCCUGCCCUCCUUCCUCGAGCCGCAGGGCCAGGCCGUCAUCGCCGAACUCUACCGGAGCAUCGGCGGCACCAGCGACGCCCCGAAGGCUCCCGAAGCCGCCGACAGCAGCAGCAAAUCUGCGGACGCAGAGGGAAUGCGCAGGGCGUGGAAGCUGGUGCGUCGAGUGUACAAAUCCAAAAGGCCGUACUCGAUCAUUCUCGAUCCCGUCGACGUCGCCUCUACGGCCACGGUCGGCCCUGAGUCCGUCGCCGCAAUCAUGCCCCUCCUGCAGCGCGUGAUGGCCCAGGGCGUGUCGACCGCCGGCGCCGCCCACCUCUGUGCGCUCUUGCAGCACAUGCACGCCUUCGCCGCUGCCUACGAGAUUUCCGCCCUGCAAGAGUUCCUCGACCAGCGCCUCGCCGCCCUCAACCUACUCAGCGAGUGUGGCAAGGCGAUGGACCAGGUAAUGAGCGUGGUCGCCCCGUUCUUCGAGGAGUGGGAAGCGGUCAAGGCCUCCAGCGCGACCCCCGCCAGCGCCUACUUCGCCCGCUUCCUGGAGCUGCUUGCCCGGCACGGCGUCCGGUUCGUGUUCGAGAUGGUCCGGUUCGUCAAGCUGCUCGCCGACGUGCGGGGGUUGAUGGGCGCCGACGUGAUGCGCAUGCUGACGACCCUGAUCGUCGACCGGGCCGACGCUGUGUUCCUCCGCCUGAGCCUGGCGCUGGUCGACCUGCAUCUGGCGCGCACGGCGCACGAAGGCGAGACGGAGCAGGCCAGCGCUGAGUACGUCACGCGGCUGCUGGUCCAGUGGGAGUUGCUGCUCGACCCGCUCGCGGCCCUGCUCGACGCCCGGCAGUGUGGCGGCGCUGUGACCGCCGCCGCCGACGGAGACGGUGACGCUGGGGCGACCGCCUCCGAGGGUGACGAGGCGCCGGCCGCUGCCGAAAAGAAGACCAAGAAUUUGGAGCAUACGCUCAACCUACGGAAGAAGGAAAAGAAGCGUCGCGCGCAGUCUCCUGAUGAGCAGGCAAAAUACUUCCGGUCCUACAUGAAGACGGGCCUGUCGUCGCUGAAGGAGUUCCUGCCGGAGCUCAGGGAGGAGCUGAUCAAACAUGCGACCGGCAAGCCCACCACCCUCACCAGGAAGCAUCUGCCGACCUUCUUCAUCGACCUGGCCGACAACCUGUGCAAGUGGUCCAAGGCCAACAAGCACUAUAAUGAGGCCAUGCACCACCCAAACCUCGUAACUGCCGCUGUGGAACAGCUCGUGGCCGCGCUGGCCUACGGCCGAGAGGCCGAGAAGCACAUCGGGCGCGACAUCCACGCCGUCGCGCAGGUGGUGCUCUCCGACGAGCUCCGCGAGAUCCUGAUCGAGACCGGCGUCAUCAAGCGAGAGUAUGCGUCCGAGGCCGACGAGCAGAACAAGCCCGGCCUGCUGGCCAACGGGAAAGAGAAGGCGACGGCUACGCCGAAGACUGAAGAACCAGAGAUCGAGACCUCCAAGGCCAAGGAGGUGGCCAAGGCGGACGAGAGCGAGCAUGGUGCGACCACCGAAACGUCCAAGGAACAGGAAGGUGGCGACAGAGCAGUCGCCGAGGCGCAGCCUGAUCGGACUAAAGCGUUCCUGCCUCGGCUGGGCAUCGAGGCGGAGAGCGACUUGGCGUUUGUGGUGGAGGGUCAACGCAUAUUCUGUUACCGGGCGGUGCUGAUGGGUCGGUCACAACACUUCCGCAUCUCCUUCACUGGUUACAUGGAGCGAUACACCAAGGAGAUCCCGGUGCCCGACCACAGCUGUGCAGCAUUCGCGGCAUUCCUGCACUACCUCUACUAUGACCAGUUGCCCCACCUGGACGCCUCUGACAAUGCGACGUUGGUUGGGUGGUGCGAUGGGCAGUUCAGGGUGGCGUCUCCGCUGUCGGCUGGUGACGUCCUGCUGGAGGUGGUGGCCAUCAGCGACGAAUACCACCACGAACAUCUCAAGGAGCUCGUACUGGGCCAACUGCUGCCCUUCGUUGACGUCGACAACGUGGUAUUCCUCCACAUGAUGGCGCAACUCUACAACGCGACGGACCUGCGCAACAAGUGCGUGGCGGUCAUGUCGGACAACUUUGAAAAGAUCCACGAUGAGCACUUCCCCGCCGCUCUCAAGGUGCUCCAAGGCGUGGUGCCACAGGAGGCCACCGCUUCCGAAGCUGAAGCCGAAAGCAGCAGUGGCCACAAGGAGGACCGGAUCGAGUUGGAUGAAGCCACGGCCCAACAGCUGAUCAAAGGGUGGGAGGAGCGCCGCAAGCAGGUUGCACAAUGCCAGAAGGGAUUUCUCUUUGUCCCUCCACCAAGCUUGCACGUGUAG